GAUUUGAGGUAGUGGCCGGUUUGAAAGGGAGCAAAUGUGUAAAAAGUGCAAGUAUUGUGGCAAAAAUUGAAAAUAAGGGCCAAAUGAUAUGAUGAUGUUUAGAUUUUAGAGAGACGAGAGGAAGGUUUGGUGGCCGUCAGAUUUUGAACUGAAGAUGAUGCUCCUGAGCCGCCCGGCGCUGUGUGCCUACGCUACCCGUCUCUUCUUCUUCAGGUGUCACCAUUAUCAAUCUCAACCUCAACCUCGUGCUCGGCUGAUUUUACCAGUGACACAAUUUGGGGGGGUUGUCAAGCCCCUGAUUCACACCGUCGGUAGUCGGAGCAUCAGUGCUGGAGUUACCAACGAUAGACCCAUCGAUUCACCUUUGAUGCAAUCCAUGGAGACCAAGAUUAAGGAUCAACUGAAUGCAGAAUUAGUAACUGUCAAGGAUGCUUAUGGUGAUGGCCGGCAUGUUAGCAUUGAUGUUGUGUCUUCAGAUUUUGAGGGGAAAUCUGCUGUGAACAGACAGAGGAUGGUGUACAAAGCCAUAUGGGAGGAACUGCAAAGUGUUGUUCAUGCGGUUGACCAAAUGACAACCAGGACUCCCGAGGAAGCAGCAGCAGCAGGGAAGGACUAGGGUUUGGAUUCUUGUUUCAUGUUAUUAUCAUAAUCUUAUUAUUCAGCUUUCUUGUUUUAAAUGCUCAACUGUCACGUUUUAAUUCCCACCUGGUUCAUUAUGUUUCACUCGACCAACAUGUUAUGGUUUAUUGUUUGUACUCUGGCAGAACACCUCUUAGAGGGCGGUCCGUGGUUUAAGGUUAUUAUUGGUGUAAAGAAGUAACAUUAACCGCUAAAUAAUCAAGUUACCUUUAUGACAA